UCAGCAGCAGAAUACGUGAAGUCCCGCUUACCAGAAGUCCUAAAGCAACACCUUCAGGAUUAUGAGAAAGAUAAGGAGAACAGUGUAUUGUCCUAUCAAACCAUCCUGGAGCAACAGAUUCUCUCAAUUGACCGAGAAAUGCUGGAAAAAUUGACUGUAUCCUAUGAUGAGGCAGGAACAACAUGUUUGAUUGCUUUACUGUCAGAUAAAGAGCUCACAGUGGCCAAUGUCGGAGAUUCAAGGGGGGUCUUGUGCGAUAAGGAUGGAAAUGCUAUUCCUUUGUCUCAUGAUCACAAGCCCUAUCAGCUGAAGGAAAGAAAGAGGAUUAAGAGAGCUGGUGGCUUCAUUAGUUUCAACGGUUCCUGGCGUGUUCAGGGGAUCCUGGCCAUGUCUCGUUCUCUUGGGGAUUACCCGUUGAAAAAUCUGAAUGUUGUCAUCCCUGAUCCAGAUAUCCUGACCUUUGACCUGGACAAACUCCAGCCAGAGUUCAUGAUCUUAGCUUCUGAUGGGCUCUGGGAUGCUUUCAGUAACGAGGAAGCAGUGCGGUUCAUCAAAGAACGUUUAGAUGAGCCACAUUUUGGAGCCAAGAGUAUAGUGCUCCAGUCUUUUUAUAGGGGAUGCCCUGACAACAUUACAGUCAUGGUGGUUAAAUUCAAGAGCAGCAACAAAAUGGAAGACCAGUAAAAAAAGAAAGAAAGAAAGAAAGAAAGAAAGAAAGAAAGAAAGAAAGAAAGAAAGAAAGAAAGAAAGAAAGAAAGAAAGAAAGAAAGAAAGAAAGAAGAAAGAAAGAAAAGUAAUACCACCCUCUGCCUCUCACUUGGCGAACUUCUUCAUUUAACCUUUACACUUCAACACAGUAGACAGCUGUAGCAAGUAUAUUAGUAUUAAGAUUGUUCAUCCAAAAAAGAGAGUAGAAAAUCACUCUUUUUGAUAAACACAGCAAACAAAAUCAACAAUUCAAUUUCUUUUUCAUUUUUUUUAAUGAAAAGGAUCUCGUACCUUUUAUUCUCUAGAUCUUUAAUGAUCUCAGCUUAGAAAAUCCUUCAGUUUUAAAGGCCUGUGACUCCUGCUUCAGAGAUUUCAAAUGGCUGCAAUUCCCUUAGUUUUCACAUAACAACUUAGAACUGCAUUUGGACGUGGGCAGCUGAGACAUGGCAGGAACAGCUGGUUGCUUGGAAGCAGUUGAUAAAACUGACGUGGGAUUUCCACCAGUGUGACUAUCCAUUCUAGCAUCCUCUCCUUUGUAUUACUGUUUCUGCUUAGUUAAACUGCAGAAGGAACUAAGGCAGAUAGCUAACAGUUUGCAAUUGUUGAUUCACCUUUUCAUAAAAAGGAGGUACCAGUUGGUCCAUAACAGACAACUACUGUCUCUUUCUGUUGGUACACUUCCUGCUAUACCAUUAGCAUUAAACAAUUGAGCUUUUCCAUUACUGUGUUUAUAAGGUUUGUGUGCAUGCCAUUGAAUGAGCUUUGCUUCUUUUUUAAAAUCUAGCCAGCAGAUAGCUUUUGAGGUCCAUGCUCACUGAAAAAAUGUCCCAUUUAUUAAUUCUUGUUUCUAUAUGGGCUGUAUUAAUUCUUGUUUCUAGUGUGGGGCCAUAACUCUGUGCACUUCAGACAUCAAAAACUGUUGUUAGGGCCAUGGUAUAAGCUAUGAUUUUAGCUUAGAAGAUUCUGAUAUAAGACUUUAGCAUUUCUAAACUUGUGUUUAGGGAAUGAGUCUAGGAUGUUGAUGAAGCAAGCAAACUGAAAUGGGAACCUAGUGCCGAGCAGAAAAUAGAGCAGGUGUUUUUUUUUUCACUAGCAGUGAAGCUUUGUUUCAAAAAAGAAAAAUUGGCAAGGAGGUCUUAUGCUUUAAGUAUUUAAUGAUGUAAAUCAUCAAAAGUCAGCCUUAGUAGUAAGUGUUGCCUGCGUAUAGCUGUAAUUUGGAACCUAUCAAUAUCAUGUGUGUUGCUGGAGAAAUUUGCCUUUUCUCACUUUCAAAAUUGAUUGAUAAUUUGGUAUGACCUGGCUGCUUAAUUACAGAGAGCAUAUCAUCUGAUCAUUUGAAAAUAAUGGGAUCACUAUGGGAAUCUGGAAUAAGCGUUACUUUCAUAAUAUGUGCUUGAGAGGUGUGCAGCUUGCAAGACCAACCUUCUGCAGAUUGAUGGCUCCAGAUGUGUUGGGCUGCAAUUCCCAUAAUUUCUGACCAAUACGUCUGGAGGGUGGAAGAUUGGGGAAGACUUUGGGUAACAAGAUGCACUUUGUGGUAAUCAGAGAUGAUACCUGACCUUGAGAUAUUUGCUGCAUUGUUUAAAAUAUAUCUUCUUUCUGACAUUAGAAUUAUGGGGCAUGAUCAGGGAUUCUGUUUUAUGAUAGAUCCAGUAGUAUUUUUCUGUGAGCAGAAGAGGCAUUAAUGGAUGUCAUCACUGGACACUCCAAUAGGAUUACUUCCAAAAGAAGACAAAAAUAAACUUAUAAAUAUGUGGGAUAUUGGUCAUGUCUACAGGCUGUAAUUCAGAAUCAAAACUACAGAAAUGUGAGUUAAAAUACCCCAUUAGAAGAUCUCUGUAAAGAUCUUAGAAUAUAGCCUCUCAGUUCUAAUUAAGGUGCUCUAAUUAGUUGGACCUUACCAGGAUUAAUAAUUUGUAAAGUGCUAUUUAACCAUCUCAUUUCAUUCUCUGUAGGUAUAUAGAGGAUCUCCUGAACAGUUAACUCAGGGGCAACAGGGGAAGGUGCCUUAGUCCAUCCCUAAAAUAGAUGAGUAACUUGAAAUUCAUACAACAAUGGAUUAAGAUAUACCAAGUGUGUAUUAGUUACUUCUGAUGUCUUUAUUUUUUGCCUUUGCUUAUGUAUCCUUCUUAGUGACAUUACUCACAUUCUCAAAGUAUUAGUAUUUUUGCUAAUUUUGAUUGAUUACGUGCCAUCAAGUCAGUGUUGACUCUUAGUGAUCACAUCAAUGGAUCUCCUCCAUGAUAAACUGUCCUUCAGCUCUUCCAAUAGUGCACUCAUUGCCACUGUAAGUCCAUCCACCUUGCUGGCGGCCAUCCUCUUCUUUUCUUUUCUUCCACCUUCCCAGCAUUAGAACCUUUUCCAGAGAGCUAGGUCUUCGCAUAAUGGGUCAGAAGUAGGAUUGUUUGGGUGACUAAACAAAAAUAAAAAGAUGCUUCCCCAAUCUUUAUUUAGCUGCCUUCAUAUAUAAAAAUGAAGGUGUUUCUUUGAUUCAAAGAUCUAAUUAAAAAAUCAAAAAUAAAAUUAUAAGCUAAUGCACCAGAGUCAUUACAUAUGGUUGUAUUGCAGAAUGGAAAUGUUAAAAAGUGAAAUGGCUUCAAUUUUUUUUUUUUA